CCUUGAGCUCGUCGACGAUGUACUUGACCAUGGCCUUGGUGUCGCCGGGGUGGGCGUUGAUGGCGGCCUUGGUGACGGCAUCGAGCUGGGGGAGGUUGAAGACGUAGAACUUGUCGACGUUUUGGUCGAGGACGUAGAAGAUGGGAGCCAGGACGGCGAAGAGGAUGGCGAACCACUUGAAGAAGGUGGUGAGACUGCUGCAGCAGCUCUUCUGGCUGCAAGCACAGGCGGUGGCCUUCUUGGCCGGGGAAGAGGAUUUGGGUGCCAUUGUGAUGUUUGGAGAUACAAAGGCAAGGAGGAGAGGGAUGGGGGGGAAGAGAGAAAGGAAGAAAAAGAGGAAUUGAGCCCACUAAUUGUAUAGGAAAUUCAAAAGCGCGAGCUGUCGCGCGCCUCGCACAUCACUUCCCCUUUACCGUUGCGCUGGCUCAGAGUGGGCGGUGAGCGGGCUAGACCGGGGUUUAGCUUGAGCUCCUGUGGAGUUAUCAGAUGAGCUGGACCAACGGAUACGCAGGGAUAAAAACCCACAGGACCCUUGAGCUGGCAGAAUCGGCUUGGCAAGCAGGAUUGCAUCUUUUUUUCGGCCUCCAACUCACGCUGACAGAACCUGUCGAACCAUCCGGAUAUCGCAUUCCCGACAUUUGCCAAGGCUCUCAUCACUUGGUAGCUCUCACUUUUUUUCAAACCAACGGCACUCACAUCUGGCAUAUCGAAUUUUCCACACCCCAGGCGGCACUUUCCGAUCGAGUUUCAAAGCAGUUGUUUUGAAAACCCCUCCAUUGCGAUAGAAGCGAGUUGAAGGGCGAUAAGGAUACUCGCUAUCAUGACAACAUCAAACCCCACCUUGGCCAUCCCAGGCCAGCUCUUGGGUUCAACAUCCCGAUACCAGCCCGGGCCAGGGACUCACAUUCACAAUCACAACGUUCAUGCUUCGCUCAUGGGCACAGUACACAUCGCUCAACCUGCUAAAGCUCCAGGACCAGUGAAGCGGCUCACAAAAAUCACACCGGCCCCGGCCCCUGCGGAGCUCCCCACAAUCUCGGUGACGGUCCCCACGCGGUCCGCGGGCUCCGACCCCGCCGGCCAAAAGAAGCGCGAGGUGCUGCCCGAGGUAGGGAAUGUGGUACUCUGCAGAGUGAUUCGCAUCACACCGAGGCAGGCUGUUGUUGCGAUACUGGUGUGCGGCGACACGGUGCUGGAUGCUGAAUGGCAGGGCUUGAUCCGUGUGCAGGAUGUCAGGGCUACAGAGAAGGACAGGGUCAAGAUCUAUGAGAGCUUCAGACCGGGGGAUAUCGUCAGGGCUGAAGUGAUCUCACUGGGUGACCAGGCUAACUAUUAUCUUUCCACUGCUCGUAAUGAGCUGGGUGUUAUUUUAGCCACGAGUGAAGCCGGCAAUGCGAUGCAUCCUGUCAGUUGGAAGGAGUACCGGGACCCGGAGACCGGCUUGACUGAGUUGAGAAAGGUUGCGAAGCCAUAUUGA